GGGCGAUUGAACUAUUUACCCAAACAGAUUAUGGUAUUUUUAGUUAGCGCCUUGUUUACAUAGAAAUCCUGCUAUCUCUGUGCCUCAUUUAAUUAAAUCGUACCACAUAAUGGUCUGCAGGGCCAGGAGAACAAGGAAGACUUAGAGCUAUGUCCAACGUACCUAUGUCCACAGCGUCCAGGUCAAUUAGUGAGGAACGCACCCGGCAAUGGCUGGCAGCACAGGCUGCACCAGACGACGAUGAGGUGGAAUCAAUUGCCGAAUCAUCGGUGGUGGACAGCCUAGAUUAUGAAUACAGCGAGUACACCCUGGAUGAAAAUAAUGAUGAUGACGAUGACAAUCAAAAUACAGGAGAGGAAAUCAGUACCAUGACAUUGGGCACUCCCAUCACUGCGAACAAGCGUUCCAACAUCAGUGACACUCUGCGAGACCUGAUGAACUCUAUCAACAGCAUUCAAACAGUGGGAAAUGUGAACAUCAGCAACUCCACAAAUGUGCAUAUUGGUAAUGUGACCAACAUCAAUGGCAACAUACAGAUAAUAGCCAACAGCUUGAGUCGAGCUCGGCACGAGCGUCGAAAAACGUCGCUCACUGAAGCUCCAGUGCCGGACAUUGAACCAAACAGUAACCAUCACAACGAAGACGAAUCCGAGGAGCGGGUUUGCUCAGAUGUAUUCAUCAAUAGCCAAAAGUUCAAAAUACCCAAGGAGCUGUGUUCCAUUAUUCCGCGACACUCCUGGCUGGCCCAAACCCCAAUGGAAAAGCCAGAAGUGCUCCAGCGACCAGUUCAAUAUGUUGUCAUUUUACACACGGCCACCGAGAGUUCCGAGAAGCGCGCCAUCAAUGUGCGACUUAUCCGCGACAUGCAGUGCUUUCACAUCGAGUCGCGGAGAUGGAAUGACAUUGCCUAUAACUUUUUAAUUGGUUGUGAUGGCAACAUCUACGAGGGACGCGGCUGGCAUGCUGUGGGUGCGCACACAUUGGGAUACAACAGAAUCGCAUUGGGCGUCAGUUUCAUCGGUUGCUUCAUGCGGGAAUUGCCCACUCCGGAUGCCAUGAACAUGUGCCGCAAUCUUUUGGCCCGCGGUGUGGAGGAUGGCCACAUUGCACCCGAUUAUCGACUCAUCUGCCACUGCCAGUGCAACUCGACGGAAAGUCCAGGCCGGCGCUUGUAUGAGGAGAUACAGUCCUGGCCACAUUUCUACAACAUCGAAAAGGAGAAACAGUAGUCUUCCUGCAUAUAAUGUGUGCUGGCUGUUGUUACUUCUCUUUCGAUGCCUCUACAUGAUCGAUUCGGACAAAUAUUUCUAUGGUUUUGAUAUUGUUUAGUUAAAUAAAGUUAUACAUUGAAAGUGA